GGAGUGUGUUAAAAGUUGAAACUGGGGUUUUGGCUGCAGCGUCCAUCAGAACCGGCGUCCGAACCGACCUGACGCGAUGAGCCCGCUGUGGUAUUUCGGAGCCCUGCUGGUUUUCUUCCUCCUCUGGGUCAGAGUCAAAGGUCUGGACUACGUCAUCGUCCACCAGCGCUGGGUUUUCGUCUGCUUGUUCUUGCUGCCCCUCUCGGUCGUAUUCGACGUGUAUUAUUACGUGAGAGCGUGGCUCAUUUUCAAGAUGUGCUCGGCACCGAAGCUGCACGACCAGCGCGUGCGGGACAUCCAGCGACAGGUACGUGAGUGGAGGAAGAACGGCGGUGGGACCUACAUGUGUACCGGUCGACCCGGCUGGCUCACCGUGUCGCUAAGAGUGGGAAAAUACAAGAAGACCCACAAGAACAUUAUGAUCAAUAUGAUGGACAUUCUGGAGGUGGACACAAAGAGGCAGGUGGUGCGAGUGGAGCCUCUGGCCAACAUGGGUCAAGUGACCGCUCUGCUGAACUCCAUCGGCUGGACGCUGCCGGUGCUGCCGGAGCUGGACGAUCUCACAGUGGGUGGGCUGGUGAUGGGCACAGGCAUCGAGUCUUCCUCCCACGUUUAUGGGCUUUUUCAACACAUAUGUGUCGCGUACGAGCUGGUCCUUGCUGACGGCAGCUUGGUGCGCUGCACAGAGGAGGAGAACUCUGACCUGUUCCACGCCGUGCCUUGGUCCUGUGGCACUCUGGGAUUCCUGGUCGCAGCGGAGAUUAAAAUAGUCCCGGCGAAAUCCUGGGUGAAGCUGCGCUACGAGCCCGUCAGAGGCCUGGAGAACAUCUGCCGACGCUUCGCCGAGGCGUCUGCCGACAAGCAGAACACGUUCGUCGAGGGCAUCCAGUACAGCCUGGAUUCGGCCGUCGUCAUGACGGGAACCAUGACCGACCACGCGGAGCCGGACAAGAUCAACAGAAUCGGCCUGCACUUCAAACCCUGGUUCUUUAAGCACGUGGAGAGCUACCUGAGAGGAGGCCACGGCGGCGUGGAGUUCAUCCCUCUGAGGCACUACUACCACCGACACACGCGCAGCAUCUUCUGGGAGCUUCAGGACAUCAUCCCAUUUGGCAAUAACCCCGUGUUCCGCUGGCUUUUUGGAUGGAUGGUUCCUCCUAAGAUCUCCCUGCUGAAACUCACCCAGGGAGAAACCAUUAGACGGCUGUACGAGCAGCACCACGUGGUCCAGGACAUGCUGGUACCCAUGAAGCAUCUGCAGGCGGCCAUCACUCGCUUUCACCAGGAAAUCAAUGUUUACCCUCUGUGGCUGUGCCCGUUCCUGCUGCCGCCCGGCAGGGGGAUGGUCCACCCCAAGGCCCAGGAGGAGGAGGAGCUGUACGUGGACAUCGGAGCGUACGGCGAGCCGAAGGUCAAACAUUUCGAAGCCAAGGCGUCGACGCGUCAGCUGGAGAAGUUUGUCAGAGACGUGCAUGGGUUCCAGAUGCUGUAUGCGGAUGUGUACAUGGAUCGAGAGGAGUUUUGGGAGAUGUUCAAUGGACAGUUGUACCACAAACUAAGAGUCGAGCUGGGCUGUAAGGAAGCUUUCCCUGAGGUUUACGAUAAAAUCAGUAAAUCUGCCCGCCACUGAGCCCGAGUUCUGUUCUGCUCCCACGCCAGCGGUACACCACGGUGCUGUGCACCACCAAAACCAGCUACCCUUCUUAGAAUGGUUCAACCAAAACAAACUUCCUACACAUGAGGAUACACCUUUUAUUGUCAAACUACUAUUUUUUACACUUUAGUUCUUAUUUUGGUACAGUGACGAACUUCUUGUACAACAUGGAAAAAAAGGCAUGACUAUUUUUUGUCUUUGCAGAGCCGAUUUGGAUCCAUAAUAAAAUACAUUUCAUUA